AUGUGGGACGAUGAACCAGCAGCAUGGGAUAUUGAAGAAACCCCCGAUGAACAACCUGCCGAAGGAGCUGCAGAAGGAGCUGCCGAAGGUGGUGAAGGUGGGCAAGCGCCUCAAGAAAAGCCAAAAAUAGUAUUACUAAAACUUGAACCACCGCACUAUAAUCACCAUUGGGUUCGCCCUCUUUUCCUUAAUUAUAACUACCUUUAUGAAUACAGAAAAAACUAUUACGACGAUGUUAUUGAUUAUUUGAAUCAAAGGCAGAAAGGUAUAUUCCGAGAGCCUCCUAGAGCACAAGAAUGGGCAGAGCGAACAAUGAGAACUUAUGAUCAGAAGAAUACCGACAAGAGUUUCAAACGAUCUGCAGAUAUGAAAUAUAUAAUUAAUAUGAGACACGAUCCUAGACAUUAUAGUUAUCAUACUCGAGCAUAUUAUAGUUUAAAGUAUCAGAAAAUUUUGUAAAUUUAUUUUUUGAUAAUAUCAAUGACAUUAUUAAUGAUAUAUCAACAGAAUCAUAUGUGGCAUAGAUGUAAAAUACAUUACAGUCGUUUUAAUCUAUAUGUAACUUAUAGCUCUAAAUUUUUAAUAAUACUAAUUAUUUAUCCCAACUGCAUGUCUACUUGUUGUACAUACAUAUUUUAUAAAUUUUGUGCAUUGAGUAUUUUCUAAAUGAAUCUCCAUAUUAUAAGAACAAAGUUCUCUAAGAAGAGUACUCAAGAGUACUCAAAGAAGAUAUUCUUCAAUUAACAAGAUUCAUAAUUUAUAUAUUCAAUUUUACAGAAAAUUAAUUUCAAUUUCAAAUUAAAAUUGAAGCAAAAAAGAAUUGUAUGAAGAUUUUAUUGUUGAGUGUAUGGACUGUAUUGUAAACUUUGUAGAAAAAGUAUAAUUUUUGUCUAUAUGAAAUAAAACCUCUUUCAUUUUUCUUUUAUAUUAGCCUGUUUCAUAGAUCAAAACUGGCUCGUAUCCCUCCUUAUGGCGAACCAUAG